ACCCGGAUCAAAAGGACAGCAAAUUACCCACCGCAUCUUUCCGUCCAUCGUUCGCGUCUCAUCUCACCUGCCUUAAUGAGUUGGUCGGGUGCAGCGAGGGCGCUGGAUUGGGCCCCCCCCUCCGGUGGGGCCGCCUCCGUCUCUUAUCAACGGGAAGGCGUCUAAAACGGGUAGACCCCCAAAACGGGUGGGAAAAGGAAACGCUCAACCUGAACCCCCUUAUUCCUCCGAAGGGGCUCCCUGCGUCGUCACCCCACCCCCCGCUCUCCCAAAUCUUCUCCAUAUCCAUACGACCCUAAUCUUGUUUGCAUCGACGACGAUCCGAUCGAGGCGAUCAUCGGCCCGAUUGGAUGGUAUGCUGCUGGCAUGAGGGAAAUCGCGCAGAGAAUUCGGUGCAUUCCACUUCCGAUGGAGAGGGGCAGGUCAAAAGCUUGAAGCGCGGCAAGGAUAACAAACUCGGGGUGAAGUGUCCUUCGAAGCACCGGAGAGUCGAGGCGGCGGCAGGUAUGAUGGUUGAUUCAGGUCGUGCCGUCAAUCCCCGAGCUGCUUCUCAUCUGUUGCCCGAGAAGGACGAGGUGGGCGAUGGGGGUUAUGCCACUGGAGCAUGGAGAAGUGAUGAUGGGAAAUUAAAUUGUGGAUAUUCAAGCUUCAGGGGAAAGAGAGUAAACAUGGAGGAUUUCUUUGAUGUAAAAUCAGCUAAAAUUGAUGGCCAAACAAUUAAUUUCUUUGGAAUAUUUGAUGGUCAUGGAGGCUCACGUGCUGCUGAAUAUCUGAAGGAGCACUUAUUUGACAACCUUAUGAAGCAUCCAAAGUUCUUGACAGACAUAAAACUUGCAAUAAAUGAAUCAUAUCAGAGAACUGAUUCAGAUUUCUUAGAUGCUGAAAACAAUACUUCCAGAGAUGAUGGUUCUACAGCUUCGACAGCAAUCUUGGUUGGCAAACACUUGUAUGUAGCAAAUGUUGGAGAUUCACGUGCUGUUAUAUCGAAAGCAGGAAAAGCAAUUCCGCUUUCUGAUGACCACAAACCAAAUCGAAUUGAUGAGAGAAAAAGAAUUGAGAAUGCUGGAGGAUUUGUCAUGUGGACUGACUUUGGAUGGAAAAAUACAACUCUGAAUUGCUUAUGGGAAUCCUGGUCCUGCAAGUUGCUUCUUUCUGAUCUAGGUACUUGGAGGGUGGGUGGUGUAUUGGCAAUGUCACGAGCAUUUGGUAAUCGCCUUCUCAAGCGAUUUGUUGUGGCAGAGCCCGACAUUCAGGAACGAGUGGUUGAUCACGAAUUGGAGUUCCUGAUUUUGGCAAGUGAUGGGUUGUGGGAUGUUGUUAAGAAUGAGGAUGCCGUUUCACUCGUGAGAUUGGAAGAGGAUCCCGAGGCCGCAGCGAGGAAGUUGACAGAGGUUGCAUUCUCUCGUGGAAGUGCCGACAAUAUAACGUGCAUAGUAGUGAGAUUCCUCAACAACAAAGAAGGUGUAGACCCUCCUCCAGCCUGUGUUUAUGAUUGAUUGAUCAUAUUGCCAUAAGAAUGCUCGCUCGGGACUCAAAGUCAGAAGAAUGCAAUUAUUAGCAUGCCAGUUUUUUCCAUGCUCAUCUGUUGUUGCCUUUCUUAGAACACUUUCUUCUCUUUUUGGCUUCCUCUUUCCUUCCUUUUCUUUUGUUACAUAUUGAGUAUAAGGCUUUGUAUUGCUUUUUAGUUGCUUGCCAAACGUCUUCUGUGCAAGUGUGAGCAUGUUCUGUCAAACCUCCUUUGGAUUGAGUUUCAAUCGAUUUGUUUUGGGCUUUUUGCCUA